GGGAGAAAGAGGGAGGGAGCGAGUGCGACCGGAGCAAACAGAGCAUUAUCAACCGAAAUCAUCUCAGAGCACAUCUUCCGAGGAGCGCGCCGUGCCAACACGAGGCUCAAAGGCAAACCUUUGGAGCGAGCGCAGUCGGAGCUUUACGCGCGGGGCGCUGAGAGGAGGACCGCCGCGCGGUGAGGAGAGAGAGGGACAAAGUUGAAGGCGAUACAUGGGGUGUACUCUAAAUGGAUCUAAAGGAUAAAGGCUCGACUCAGGUCUCCACAUCCAAAUGUCAUCCCCCUCGGAGCCUGCCCCCGCCGGGCACCAGCAGUGUGUGACGGACAGGCCGACCGGAGCCUGCGGUGGCUCUCUGCUGCGUGGCUUCAAUUUGGCCCCGGCUGGGCCCCGCGUGAGGCCCCCAGUGAAUGCUGCUGCCGCUGCUGCCGCUGCUGCCAUAGUCUGAUAACUCAGCAUGCGUGGAGUCGGGCCAACGAGGACCAGCCACCACUAAUGAGAGCAUUUCUCGUCCCCCUCUUCUGUCUCUGCUGCUGCUGCUAAGGACUACCGUUUACUGGAGUGGCGCGGACAUGAUCCUACUCUGAACACUACACCCUUACCGAACUCUCCUCACUUUUUUUGGAGUGUGGGGGACUAUUUUCUCCUUUUCUUACCAAUGCUGGAUAUAUAAUACGUUUCCUUCGAGAUUUUCUCAUUCUUUUUUAUUGCUACACAUCGAUCCUUUGUUAAAUCUUUUUAGUUCUUCUUUCUCCAUUUGCUUGGCGGUUGGUGUUUUCCCUCCACUAUGGAGUUUCCUUGCGGACCCUGGAAUAAGGAUUGGCCUUCGUUUCUGCAGUUCUGGCUGACGGUUCUCCUGAGCCUGCAGCUGCAGUUCAGUCCGGCGGCGCCCUGCCCGAUGGAGUGCCGCUGCGACAAGACGUUUGUGUACUGCAACGAGCGCGCCCUGACCUCGGUUCCCCUGGGGGUGCAAGAGGGCUACAAGAUCCUCUACCUCCACAACAACCAGAUCAACAACGCCGGCUUCCCCCUGGAGCUCCACAACGUGGCCUCGGUGGAAACCGUCUAUCUGUACGGCAACCAGCUGGACGAGUUCCCCAUCAACCUGCCCAAGAACACGCGGGUCCUGCAUCUCCAGGAGAACAACAUCCAGACCAUCUCCCGGGCGGCGCUCGCCCAGCUCACCCAGCUGGAGGAGCUCCACCUGGACGACAACUCCAUCUCCACGGUCGGCGUGGAGGAGGGCGCCUUCCGCGAGGCGCUGAGCCUGAAGCUGCUCUUCCUCACCAAGAACCACCUGAGCAGUGUGCCCAUCGGCCUGCCCGAGGACCUGCAGGAGCUGCGGCUGGACGAGAACCGCAUCGCCAUCAUCGCCGAGGAGGCCUUCCAGAACGUGACCCGCCUGCAGCGCCUCCUGCUGGACGGGAACCUGCUGACGGACGAGGGCAUCGCGCCCGGAACCUUCCAGGACCUGGCCAACCUCCGGGAGCUGGCGCUGGCCCGGAACUCCCUGACCUUCCCGCCCCCGCUGCUGCCCAGCCAGUCCCUGCUGAAGCUCAGCCUGCAGGAGAACCAGAUCAACCUGAUCCCCGUGACGGCCUUUGCCGGCUUCCACCGGCUGGAGAAGCUGGACGUGUCCAACAACCAGCUCCAGAUCCUCACCCAGGGCGUGUUCGAUGGGCUGAUGAACCUCAGGCAGAUCACCGUGAGGAACAACCCCUGGCGCUGCGACUGCGCCGUCAAGUGGGUGGUGGUGUGGCUCAAGUCGCUGCCACCGUCCCUCAACGCCCGGGGCUUCGUGUGCCAGAGUCCGGACAAGGUGCGCGGCAUGGCGGUCCGGGAGCUCACGCUGGAGAACAUCCACUGCCCGACCGACUCCGGCGCCGAAAAGUCCCCGUGGCCCACCCUGCGCACCACGCCCCCUCCGCCGCCGACCACCAUCGGCGACCCUCCCCCCGCCACCACCACCACCACCGUCGCCGGCGGCGGCGGCUUUGGCGACGGUUUUGGCGACAGCUCCGCCCCGGCAGACCCCUCCUUCCCCAACUUCUUCGACCCGCCCCCCUCCCCCCUCCCGCCGCCGCACCACCCGUCGGGGCCGCUGCCGCCUUACGAGGACCCGCUGCAGAUCGCCUUCCACGGGGUCAACUCCACCUGCAUCCAGGUGAGCUGGGCGUCCUACUUCAAAGUCACCGCCUACAAGGUGACCUGGGUGAAGAUGGGCCACAACCUGAUGGGCGACGUGACCCGCGAGCAGACGGUGAGCGGCGACCGCCGGCAGCUCAGCCUCACCGAGCUGGAGCCGCGCUCCGUGUACCGCAUCUGCGUGUACGUGCUGGACACCCUCAACUCCUACCGGCCCGGCGAGGACACCAUGUGCCUGGAGACCAGGACCAAGCCCGCCCCGGGCACCAAGCCGGCGGGGCCCGAGCAGGCCGCCCAGCAGGACCUCACCUCGACGCUGCUGCUGGCCGGGAUCAUAGGCGGGGCGGUGCUCAUCGUCCUGGUAACGCUGCUCAGCCUGUUCUGCUGGCACAUGCACAAGAAGAGCCGCUCGGCCUCGGCCAACUGGAAAUACAACCGGGGCCGGAGAAAAGACGACUACUGCGAGGCGGGCACAAAGAAGGACACCUCCAUUCUGGAGAUGACCGAGACCAGUUUCCAGAUAGUGUCGCUGAACAAUGAGCAGCUGCUGAAGGGGGAUUUCCGCAUUCAGCCAAUAUACACGCCCAACGGGGGCAUCGGCUUCAGAGACUGCCACCUCAGUAACAACAGUCUAGCGUACUGCAAGAGCAGCAACGUGCCCAGUACAGAGUUCUGCCACACGUGAUGCAAAACUGGUUGAUAAUGCGUUGAGGCAUUGCCAGACACACACACGCAGACAUGCAAAAACGUCCGCAACCCACCGAACACACACACACACAUGGGCACUUUCCUGCCGAGAAACGACAGGAAACCACAUGGACACACACCCAUACCCACGCAAACUAGCCGAUUGUGUAGGCACCAAGACAAAAAAGACUUUGAAGAAAUCUAGUGAACUAUAACUGUACUAUAUAUAUUUCCAAGUUCUGUCUACAAUGUAAUUUAUACUGUGGAUUAUAAUGUGGGAUUCUCGCUAUGUUUUCUAUUAUUAUUAUUAUUAUUAUUAUAAUUAUUAGAAGAAGAGAUACAGCUUUUGUUUCUUUGUUUUUGUAACCAGCAAGGUUAACAUGUUGGGAAACCUGAAGCCCCCAUGGCCUGGGCUGCACGUGAAAAACGAGAGUUCAAUCCGAAUCAGACAUGAGUGAGGUGUGGACUCUGACGCACACAGCGAACGUCCGUCUCUGAUAAGACACGACACAGCGCUUUGAAGUGGGGGCCCCUCGAGACUCUCUGCUGACCACGGGAACCAGACAUGACCUUUGGGUUUUAAAAAAGACACCACCGGCCACCCCCUCCCUAUCCAGAGCAGCAGUGUAGACUCUCAGAAGCUCCCACCUCGCUGAUUACAACGUGAGGGAGGGCUGGGCUGACUCGUGGUGAGAACCAGAGUGGGGGAAAAUAAAUGGAGCAGAAGUGCACUUUUCUUUUGGAAUUAAUGAAACCCUGAGCGUAUAACCAGCACUUCAGGAAAUUAGCUUUGGUUGAGUUAGCAGGGGAGUGAAUAGGGCACACUCUUUGACACGUCUUAGCCCUUUAAGGGUCUAAAUGGGGUACCCAUUAACUAUUAUUAAUGGGGUUUCAAGAGGAGAACGACAUUGGGUUCUGAUGGACACUGAGCCUAGCAUAAAGCAAAUAGCACCAUACCCAGAACUCCCAGUUUGACGGGUUAACAACAGAACAAAGGCAGGCUUUUCUUUAACAGUAAUGAGAUAAUAUUUUCAGAAAUUCUUUUUUUUUUUUGAAAAAGCUAACAGCGUUCCAAAUUUGUAUUUGCGCGUGGUAGCACAGGAAAACAAAGUGCCCAGUGUAGUACCGGUAAUUAGUUAUUUGUUAUUUUUCAAACCAGUGUCCCAAAAGUGAUAGGGGUAGCCGAUGUGUUCACUGCCUCCAGGGUGCAGUGGCUGGUGUGUCCACAAGAGGGCGUAUUCUGAAAGUGGGGCUUGCAGGGCAGCAGCAGAGGCAGAUACAGCCAGAAAGAGAGAAAGAAACCAAGAGAGAAAGAAAGGCAGAGGGAGAGAAAGACAGAGAGGGAAAGAAAGGCAGAGAGAAAGACAAACGAGUUGCUGAGAUCACUUUACCUCGAUCCUUCCCCCUGGAGAACCAUUGGCCCGGGCCACAUUACUCAUGCUCAAACGCCGGUGUUUGGCAUAUUAAUGCUCAUCGAGCUACUUAAUGAUGUGGAAUCAUUUAAAACCAACAGUGUAUUCUACGCUAAGCGGCUAAAUGAUAUCGAUUUUUCCUCAUCUUCUUCUGCUUCCUCCUCAUCUCAUCAUCCCCCCCUUUUUAUCAAUCAUAAAUCAACUCUCGCCUUUCCUUUCCUCAUCUUCUCCUAAGUGGGGUUUUUCAUUGGCCGAAAAAAGAAAGAGAAAUUAAGAAUGGGAGGGACGGGCGCGAUGGCUUUGGCCUUUUUGGAAACCCCAGUGGUGUCGCUAAUUACACACCCCCUCUUCUCUGGAUGGCUUUGGCCCACGGCCCGUCGUUCGUUCGUUGCCUCAGAUGGAUUCAAAGCGUUUCCUCUUAUCCGCCCAUCUAUAAUCAAACGGCGACAGAAGCAGCGCGUCCCUCCUGUGCUCUCUAUCCUUCGUCGGCGCUGUGCUCUUGUUCUUCAUCCGGCCCUUCAUCGUUAUCGCCUCCCAUUGUCUCUGCGUGGGCCGCCGUCCCCUCCGUUUAGGGCGCUCUCCACCUCCGGCUCCAGCGCAUGCCGUUCGUUUAAUUGGACGUAAAGAGGAAUUAAAAAUAAUGAAAGCGUCCCCCUUGAGGACAAUGAGAGACUGCUUGAUGGAAGCCUUGUGGAAAGCGUAAAUACGGUGGGAUUAACGGCGAAUUCAAAUGGCGCAAUAAAUGUGGAGAAAGCCGGAUCAGUGAAGUGGUGGAAGGUUAUACACUAUUCUGUGGAAAGAUAACGGAUAUGAGAAAAAUAGACAGAUUGGAUCUCGCUCUGCCGGGAUUUUAUCAGUUUGCUUUCUCCGGGGCUGCCUGGCUCUCAUUGUGUGUGUGUCACUCUUGCUCUCCCCGUCUCUCUCUCAAGGCCUGUCACUGCCAGUGUCUCUCCCUCUGUCUCCCUCUGUCUCUCGGCCUGUCUCCUCACCUCUAGUCCCAGCAUGAGUUCAAUUAAACCACCGUCUGACUCCCAGGCCCCUGGGCGCCCGGGUAUUGGCCGUCCCCUGAAAGGUCCUCAUUAUGCGCCCCUUAAAAGAAAAUACUUUUAUUUGCUUUGACAAGAUUUUAUUUGGGCUUAAAGUUUUCCCACCAAACACCACCGCCCGCCGUCCCCACCACCAGUCCCCCCAACACACACAUACACACACCAACUCCAAUCAUCCCGCUUCAUAAUCCUCAUCCAAAAAAGGGAGGGAAAUAUGCAGCCCCUAUUUCCACCAGGCCGAAUCAAUGUCAUGCUUGGAGAUGACAGUAGGGAGCGAGAGAGAGAGAGAGAGAGUGAGUAAGAGGGAGCAGGGAAAAGAGAGAGGGAAGGACAGAGAAGGAAGAAAGUUUGGGAGAGAGAGAGACGGACACAAAUAUUGUACUCAAACUGCAUUUAAAAAUAUAUAUUUUAUUUUAAAUAUACAUGAAGUUCAUCGAAGAACAAACCAGACUGCGAUGGUAGGUGUGGCAAUGUGGCGCUUAUCAGUGCCGGAACGUGAUUUGUGCCAAGCUGUGUCGUUCUCAACCUUGUUGGAGGGUAUUGCGUAUAAGCUGUUUUCAAUGUGAGCAAUAUUUCCGAUCCAGACUAAUCUGUAUGCAUAGGUUUUUCUCUAUUUGACUUCCCGAUCAACACAUGCCAAGUCACAUCUCCUGUGGUCACAGCAUAGAGUCUAAAUAUUAUUUUUCUGCUGUCCGGGUUUCCAAUGUCGAUUUCACCAUGCAGUACUGUCCGUCCCAACCCUAGCCUGACCUCUGCUUGACCUUGACCUGCUUCGACCAGAGGUAUGACCGACUGCUCCGUUGCCCCGUUACCAAACCAAGGUUCUGACCGGUUAUGCAUCCGAUAAUAACCGCUUCCUGUCGCGUGUCGUUUGGAACGUAUCACCACAUUUCCAUAAUCCCAAAACAGAAAAAACCUGAAGCUUUACUCUUCGUUUUUGUUUCUUUAGCUUUAAUUUCUGUUGUGGUUGUUUUUUUUGUUUUUGUUUUUAAUAAUCACUUUGUGUUUUGGAUAAUUGAAUCAGACCAAACAUGUCAGUUCAGACUAUUACAAUGUAUCUCACCAAUCAGUGAAUGUUUAUUUUUGUUGUUUUCUUGGGGUGGGGGAGGGAGGGAGGGAUGGAGGGAGACAGGAAAUUGCCUUACACUUUAUGCAGUAUUGAAAAAGCAGCUGCAUUUAUUUUUAAGGACUUCAUAGUGGUAAACCAACAAAAAAAAAGCAGAAAUAUAGACGGGCAGGGAAGAAAUCAACCAACUUAACUGAUAGAAAGCACAUGUAUUCGGUUGGAGAUAAGCUGCGCCGACGUCAUCCACAAUAACAGUAUUAGCAGCGAUGAAAAAAAGCAAAAAGUCCACAGAAAGAGAGUAGGAUCGGCCCUAACUGACUGUUGGUGCUCUCAGAGCGGUGUGAGGCUAACGAUCGAGGCGGUCUGAAGAAUAGCUCGGCGGCUUCUUUCACAGGAAACAUUACUCUUCAUUUCCACUCUGUGCGGUGAGAGAACAUGGUUGUGGUGCCGUGACCAAUGGAAUUACACAAAACGUAUUCCCAUCUGAGACAGGCCGUUUAUUACUUUUAUCAGGGUGCCCGAGAACUAAUCCUUCCCCCUUUUAGCUCAUUGAUUCACGUUUUAAAUAAUUAUGUUUAAUGACUGAGAGGUCAACUUAGACAAAGUGUUCACGUGGACGAAAUGUAAUACGUUUAAAGUCAUCUUUUUUUUUGAAGCAGACUCGCUCAUGUUUAACUUUUUCUUAAGGCAAAAACCAUCCAUUGCAUAUAGGCCGCUAGUGAUCAGCUUUUAUUCAACGAUUUUCGCAUGUUAUUUCCUUUUUCUUGACCUUGUUUCUGGUGAGCGGUAGGUAAGCAGGUUUUUGAUAACUGGCCAAUUCAAAUAAAGGUUAUGCAUUCCCCGUGAGUCGAGCAACGCAUUCUACCCUUUUACCUCCAACAAUUGGCAUACACGGCCAAAAUAUAAUCAGUCCAUCAAACAGGAACAAUGUCCAAGACAUGAAAAGAAGCAGUCAGACCCACAGACAGAGGUUGCAUGAAAUGUGGUAGUGUUUGGGGUGAUAAAUCAUCCUGGAAUAUGAUUAAGACAUCUGCGUAUUGCGGUAACUAUUCAGAGGAGUUUUUCCAAGGCGCCAAAGUAACUUUUUUUUGUUCUCAUAAAGAAAUAUUGGUGUUGUUCCAUGUAUGUGCCUUGAGGUUGAACUUACAAUGUAAAGUCCUUGAAAACCUUUAAAUGUUUUUGCACAAAAUGUAAAUACUUAAGUGAAGCUUUUUGCAAAUAAAAGAGCCAUGGGAUUUAAAAUGGCCCAUAUUA